AUGGGUAAAAAAUUGGGUCUGGUUUUGUUCCUGGUGUUGCUUCUCUGUCACAAAGGAAACUUACAGCUUCAAACCUUGUGUCCGUAUCGAUGUCAGUGUUUCACUCCUGUCCAAGUCCUGUGUGCUGACUCGUGGAUUUCAGCUUUACCCAGAAACAUGUCCGGACAGGUUACAGAGUUUAUUCUCAUGACCUCCAGUGUGGCCCACCUCUUCCCCAACACUUUAGAAGAGAGCCCACAACUCACCAAAUUAAUCUUCCUUAGUAAUGUCCUCAGAAGUAUUCACUCUCAGGCUUUUGCACAUCUGAACAAGCUGCAGGAGCUGGAAAUCAGUGGGAACCCUCUUCUGGAUCAUUUGUAUCUGGGGACUUUUUCAGAGCAGGAGAACUUGACUAAACUGCUUCUAAACUAUAACAAGUUUAAGACGGUGCUUCCUGGUAUGUUUGACUCCCUCAAGCAGCUGGAAAGUCUUCAAAUGAAGUACAACCUCAUAUCAGAUCUGCCUGCAUUUAUAUUCCUAAAGCUCAACAAUCUGCAUGCCCUGGAUUUGUCACAAAAUAAAUUAAAAGAAUUGAAAAGGGAAACCUUUGCUGGUCUCGAAAGGCUUGAGACCCUGAAAAUUAACUACAACCUCAUCAGCAAUCUGACAGCUGACACGUUUCACAAUAUGUCUCAGCUGAUUGAGCUUCACUUGGAGGGGAAUACGAUUUCAGAGCUUGCUGAUGGUAUUUUUCAGGAGUUAACAAAUCUGAAGGAACUUAACCUUCGUGGGAACCUUCUUACAACCUUCAGCAGCAAAGUUUUUGGAUUGCAAACCUCAAAUUUGAAGGAGCUGAACCUGAAAGGCAACAGACUGACCGAGCUGUCCUCAAUUAGCAGUUUGAUAUAUCUUACUGAUCUUAUUGUAUCCUCUAACCAGCUCUCCUACCUUCCUGAGGGCAUUUUUAGAAACUUCACAACCCUGGAGAAUCUGGAUCUAUCUGAAAACCAACUCAGCUCGCUGCCGGAAACAAUCUUUCAUGAUCUAUUUGCAAUCAAGACAGUCUACCUAAACAAGAACAACCUGAGCAAAGUGGAGGCCAAUCUGUUUCAGGACCAGCUGCUCAUGGAGCAGCUCUACCUGUCCGAUAACCAGCUGGAAACUGUCCCUUUUGGGCUGUUGGACCCUUUUAUCAUGCAGUACACUGUGAGACUGCAUGGAAACCCCUGGAAAUGUGACUGUCACAUGUUUUAUCUUCAUGACUGGGUGGAGAAGAACAGCCUGGGCAUUGAGAUGCUGGACAGGGUGCUCUGUGACAGUCCAGGCUUUUUGAGAAGACAGACUAUCACCUCCAUCAACAAAGACCACCUGAUGUGUCGGGUGUCUACAGAUAACAUGCCUGAUUUAAAUAGCUGCAGCAUACAAUCUUCAAAUGACACUGUGACUAUCAAAUGUAAGGCGGAUAAAUCCUCCUUCAUGACUGUGAAGGUGCAGUUUGAAGAGGAUGACGGCAGGAUUAAGGAGCAUGUUUUGACCAACAAGCCUGGACCUUCUGAAUUUGGUGAUGGUAGAACAGCAGAGAGCCCCCUUGAGUAGUGUUUUAUAUUAACUCUGUUUUAUGUGGAAAUACGUACUCCUGCAUGUAGUCUUUUAAACAGUCACAUUAUGUGUUCUACCUGUGACAGUCAAUACUGUAAACAAACAUCUUACUCUGCAGCUGAUAACACGCUGAUUGAUAAGAGGGGUGUUUGAACCCAUUUCCUGUUAAGUUCAAAGUUCAGCUCACCAAAAAUCCUGUCACCGAUUAACAUGUUAAUCAUCUGCUAAUGUGCUGAACCUCCAGUAGAUGCCUCUCUGUUCCUUAUUUAUGGCUGUGCUUGACUGUCUUCAGACAUCAAGAAAAGCAGUUGGUUGAAGUGAAACUGAACAAUCAUCAGGAUGACUAGGGCAGAAUACUCAGAGGUGGGAACAGUUAAUCAAAAACAUAACUCUGCUAAUUGAUGAUCUGUUAAUGAUGUCCUUAACUUUGAUAACAGGUCCUCCAUUAAUUCUGAUUAAAAUGAACAGAAGUUAAA